UGACGUGCUUGCCCUUCAUUUGGUUCAUAAGCGGAGGAGAGAGGAGGGGUAAGGGGAAAAGAAUGGCGUUCAGUUUGCGGGGCGUGAGGGUACCACCGAACUCGGCGAGCGUGGAGGAGGCUCGGAGGCGGACCCUCGAUUUCUUCAAGUCGGCCUGCCGAUCCAUCCCGGCCAUCAUGGAGACCUACAACCUCUACGACGUCGUCACCCCCUCCCAGCUCCGCUCCACCAUCUCCUCCGAGAUCCGCAAGAACGCCCAUAUCACCAACCCCAAGGUAAUUGACGUGCUUCUCUUCAAGGGAAUGGAGGAGCUCGGCAACAUUGUUGAGCAUGCAAAGCAACGGCACCAUGUACUUGGCCAAUACGUCCUCGGGCGCGGAGGGCUUGUACAAGACUUGGGCCCCAAAGACGAGGGGAUUUCUGAGUUUCUGAAACAGUUCUAUGCAAGCAACUAUUUCUAAACCAAGUCAAAAUAAUUAUGAGUUGCAUUUUCCAGUCUGUCGGUCAUGUUUGGUGUUGAUAGGUAUCAACCGUCGACCAUGGUAAUAAAAGAUUCUGAGACUAUCCAACUCAUUUUAUGCUUUUGUUGGAGAAAAUUAAGCAAGAUUUUAUUGGCACGAUGCUGUGAAAUUGAGAGCAAUUUGCUGGUCUAAAAA